CUUUUCUGUCAUUAACCAUGAAGCUCUUUGUUGUUGCUGGCGCUGCUCUUUCUGCCUUUGGUUUAGUUCAAGCCUUCGAUCACUACCCUUUCCCUUGUCAUGAAUCCUAUACAGCUGAAUCUGGUGACACCUGUCAAUCCAUUGCUUCAAAACACAAUGUUUCUCUUGAUGACAUCUCUUCUUGGACCCAGGAAUUCAAUGAAAAUUUUGAAUGCGGUCAAAUCAAGAAAGGUGACCUUGUGUGCAUCAAUUACUCGCCAUCUGUCGCCAAAAGAGCCAUAAAGGAGCAUCCUGCUCAUCACAAGAAACCUGCUCACCCCAAGAAGCACGCACAUCCUAAGAAGCCUUCUCACCCCAAGAAGCCUUCACACCCUAAAAAGCCUGCUCAUCCCAAAAAGCCCGCUCAUCCCAAAGAAAAGCGUGCUACUAAAGAAGAGCCUGCUCACAAGAAGAAACCUGCUCACCCUAAGAAACCCGCUCAUCCUAAGAAACCUGCUCACCCUAAGAAGCCUACACAUCCUAAAAAGCCUACCCACCCCAAAGAAAAGCUUGCUGCUAGAAGAGAAGCUGCCCACAAGAAGAAGCCUGCUCACCCCAAGAAGCCCGCUCACCCAAAGAAGCCUGCUCAUCCUAAAAAGCCCGCGCACCCAAAGAAGCCUGCUCAUCCCAAGAAGCCUGCUCAUCCUAAGAAGCCUGCUCAGCAUUAAGUGAACUUGUAAGAAUACUUAAUAUUUAUGUUUGAAUAAAACAGCCAAAUGGAGUUAGCAUGAUUUUUUUAUUGAAAAAGUUACACUAAC